AACGUAUCAGGUGCUUUAUGAUCCCUUGUGAUCAUUUAAUUUCUGCAGUAACCCCACAAAAUACGUAAUUGGGUGUAGAAUUCAAACUAGUGAAAGGAAGGUAUACAGCAAAGUUUCUCUGCCACCUUGACCACAGUGCACCCACUGUUUUUUUCUGUAUUCUUUAUGAUGUUUUGUAUGUACAUUGUUCUGUGUGUGUACCUUUUUCAAAACAUUCAGCAGCCACUCAUCUUGCAUUUUGGCUUUAUUAUUAUCUGCUUUGCUACGAAAGGGUCAGCCGGGCUCGUUCAUCCUCGCAUGGUUCUCCGGGAAUUGUUCCUGUUACCCAGACGAGGACACGCUGGGGCUUAGCUCUGGGACUCGCCCGGGCUCGGGGCGACCAGGAGGAAGACGAGCCCAGCUCGUCCGUGGGGGUCGGUGCUGGCGGCUGGGCCCAGCAGGGGGGCAGGAAGUGCCGGGCGCUGAGUCUCCGGCGACACCCCCGCGGCUAGUAAACGCGAGGCCGACGCGCGGCGGGUUAGACUCGCUGCACGCGCCUCGCAGCCGGGUCUACUCCGCACUGGGUGAGGGCGGCGAGUGGCGGCGCGAUGGACCUGGCCGGGCUACUGCUGGACGAAGAAGGCACCUUUUCCCUCACCGGCUUCCAGGACUUCACGUUCCUCCCCGGGCACCAGAAACUGAGUGCUCGGAUCCGAAGGAGACUGUACUAUGGCUGGGACUGGGAAGCUGACUGCAGCUUGGAGGAACUCUCCAGCCCUGUGGCAGACAUUGCCGUGGAACUGCUCCAGAAGGCGGCCCCCAGCCCGAUUCGCCGACUCCAGAAGAAAUACGUAGCUCAUGUGUCCCGGGAGGCGUGCAUCUCCCCUUGUGCUAUGAUGCUUGCCCUGGUGUACAUCGAGCGGCUCCGGCAUCGAAACCCCGACUACCUACAGCACGUGUCAUCUUCUGACUUGUUCCUGAUCUCCAUGAUGGUGGCCAGUAAGUACCUCUAUGACGAAGGGGAGGAGGAGGAGGUAUUCAACGAUGAAUGGGGAGCUGCAGGGGGUGUGGCGGUGCCCACUCUCAAUGCCCUGGAGCGGGGCUUUCUGAGUGCCAUGGAUUGGCGUCUCUACACUGACCCUCGGGAGAUCUUUGAGGUGCUGAGCUGGCUGGAGAGCUGUGUGGCUGCGCAGCAGGGGCGGCGGCGGGGCUGGUACACCUACACAGACCUGUGUGUGCUGCUGGAGCAGCCGGCCUGGCAGUUGGCCCUGGGCUCCCUCUGCCAGCACCUGGCAAAGCUGUCCUGCCUGUUGGCCAUGGCAUAUGUGAGCAGUGUGGCCUUGGCAGUGGCCUCAGUGGCCGUAAUUCACCAGUCCUUGGGCCUGUCCUGCAGCCCCUCACCAGGCCCUCCAGACCUUGGACUGGCCUCCAGGAGCCUCUUGGAACCCUGCACACCUUCUUCCGUGCCGCAGUGCCUGCCAUGUCCUAUUAACAUCUCCAGUGGCCAAGAAGGUGACGCAGGGCUGCAUUCACUGUGGGGCAGUCUCCUGACCUCACUGACUCCUCCAUCAGUGCCUCCCCCAGACCCGCCUUCCCCUUCCGCUCUUCUCCAGAAUUGUCCCCUUUGCCGGAAGUUGCAGAGAGACUCCCCAAGCUGCCAUGCCUGCCACCACGUGAACCAUACAGUUCCCACUGGGCCCCCCAAAGCUGGGUACCACUCCCAUGGCCUGGCUCCACCCUGGCCCUGGAGCCCAGUGCCCCCGCUGCUCCCCCAGCCCCAGCAGUGUUCCCUCUUCAGUGUCAUGGAGCUAGCCCGUCUCAAGUCUUUCAUUUUCCCAGGCUAGGCAGGCCUCCAAGGAAUACAUUAAGAGGAUCUGGGAGUCCUUGAGAACCUGGAGGGACAAAGCUUGAUUUAGAUCCUCUCUGCCUCUCUGGGUCCUCGGCUGGUCCCUGUCCUUCUAGGUGAUGGAGCUUAAGGGGUUGUGGGGCAGAAAGACUGAAGGUCACUCACUCUCCUAGACCUCAGCGGCUGGCUGCUUGCCCAGGGUGGUGAGGGUACCAGGGGAAGCUUUAGCUUGGGGAUCAGGGCCAUGUCACAACCAGUCAGAGAAGCCCCCAUCUCUCUACCUCCCUGGGUUCUAGACUUGCUGUUGAGUUCCCUAGGAAGGAAGGGGAAAAUGGGGUGAGGGAGGGAGGGGAUGUUGACUGGCAGCCUGUGUGAUGUCCCUGAAGCAGGAGAGCCAGGGACGGAUAGGGCCAAGGUGGGAUCUGCCAAGGGAAGGCAGGGGGAGGUGGGAAACCCUCUCCACACCCAUCCCUUGGAUGUGGCCUAAAGGAACCAGGGACUACUGACAUCUUCAGCCUCACCCUUUUGUCUUCCAGCCUCUUCUUACUACCUUGCUCCUGGCCUUCACUCUCUUCCCGUUCUUCUCCUGGGUGUUCUUUUCACAGGCCACUCUGGCCACUGCUUUGUAUCUGGGUUUUUCACGCUUUUGUAGAACUGAGAUUUCAAUAAACAGUGUCAGUUGCA